AUGGAAUAUUCCUGCUCGUGGGUAUUCCUCCUGUCCCUGUUCCUGUCGCCCAGCGCGGUCUCAGGACAGGCUGAAGCAUGCCGCAGUGCCAUCGCCGCAGACGUCGUGUUCCUGGUGGACGAGUCCUGGAGCAUGGGCCCGGUCAACUUCCAGCUGGUGAAGGAGUUCAUCACCGACAUCAUCAAGGCUUUCCAGGACAAUGCCGUGGGCGAGGAGGGCAUCCGCUUCGGGGUCACCAUUUACAAUGACAUCCCCAGGAUGAGAAUAGCCCUGACAGACUACACCACGCUGGAGGAGGUGUUGAGGGCUGUGUGGGACCUUCGGUAUGAGGGGGGCGCCAGCAAGACAGGCGAGGCGCUGGAGUUCCUGGCAGAGUCUGUCUUCAGCUCUGCCAUCGUCCGGGACGAUGCCCCAAAGAUUACCAUUCUGAUAACCGAUGGGAGGUCGUCUGAUCUGGCUGAGGGACCGGCUAAGACUGUGGCGGAUAGCGGGAUCUCUCUUUUUGCAGUGGGGGUCAGAGGCGCAGACCAAUCAGAGUUGAAGAAGCUGGUGACGGAGCCCUACGAGGAGCACCUGCUGAUCAGCGCUGACUUCUCUCUCCUCGGGACGCUCCUGCCGAAGAUCUCCCGGCGAGUGUGCUUCACCGCCUCCGAGCCGCCCCGCCCGCCCAAACAGAGAGAGCCAGUGGGCCAGCGGGUCGUCGGGCCCAAAGACCUGACGGUGAGUGAGUUGGGCUACAGCUCCCUGCGCCUCACCUGGACCCCGGCCACGGGGGACGUGACAGGCCACCGGCUGCUGGUUACCCCCGUGUCCCAGAAAGGGUACCUGAUCGCCUCCCAGCAGAGACAGAUUGACCUGAAGGGUGAUGUGAGCACUGUCCUGGUGACAGACCUCACCCCCAGCACAGACUACUCUUUCACUGUCUACGCCAUCUACCCCGACCUCAUAGGAGACUCAGCCACCAUCAAAGCACAGACGACUCCUGUGCCCCAGGUCGCCAAUUUCCGGGUGAUCGAGGAGGGACUCUUCAGCCUGCGGCUGGCAUGGACUCCACCUUUAGGGAAACUGAACGGAUACAAGAUCUUCAUUCCCCGAUCAAACAGGCCUGGGCUGACCUACGAGCAGGUCCUGAGCGGUGAUGUCUCGAGCCACGUGAUUGAAAACCUGGAAGAGGACAAGAAAUACACUGUCAGCAUCUAUGCUGUUUACCCACAAGGCCCCAGUGAACCUGUGUCCAUCAUCGGCAAAACAUUGAAACUGGUCCCUGUGCAGCAGCUGCUGGUGCAGAAUGCCACUACAGACACUGUCCAGGCCCGAUGGAAGGCAGUCAAAGGUGCAACGGGGUACCGGCUCACCUGGUCCUCCUCAGAGGGACACAUUGAGAGUGUGAACCUGGGGGAGGCGUACGACUUCUACAUGAUCCAGGGCCUCCACCCUGGCACCGAGUACAGCAUCACUGUCAACCCCAUCUUCGUGGACAUUGAGGGCCCCGUCACCACGAUGACAGCCAAGACACUGGAGAGCAGUGCAGUUCAGACCCUGAAGGCCUCUGGCGUCAGCACCAACAGUGCAGUCAUCUCCUGGAACUCAGUCCCCGGAGCCACAGGAUACCGGCUGGCCUGGGGUCCCACUCAAGAGUUUACAGGGAGGGACCGUCCCAGACAGCUGGCUCUGAACGGCAGCACCACAGUGUACCACCUGAAGAACCUGGUCCAUGACACGGAGUACGUCCUGUCCCUCUACGUGCUGUUCGGAUCCCUGGUGGGGCCCGGCAUCACCGUGACCUUCCGCACCUCUCCCCUUGGCUAUGUCUCCAACUUCAAAGUGACGUCCUACACCAGCACCUCCAUCGAUGUGGAGUGGAGUCCCAUCGUGGGCGCCACAGAGUAUAAAAUCACCUGGAGAUCUGGGAAAGGUAAACCCAGCAGCAGCACUCAGACCCACUACCUGGACCGUAGCAUUCUUUUCCACCGCAUUGAAGGGCUGAACCCAGAGACCGUCUACACCGUCAGCAUCAAUGCUGUGUACGGCAACACAGAGGGGCCAGAAAUCUCUCUGUCUCAGUACACAGCCUCAGUGUCAGAGUCGGAGCUGAUAAAGACGGUGAAAGAGGUGAAGGUGGAGGAUGUUGGGGUGAACAGCUUCAAGCUGGUGUGGAAGAAAACGCCCAGGGUCUCGGGUUACAAGAUCUCCUGGAGCCCCUUCUAUGGCGGGGCUGAAAAGAGCAAGGUCGUUCCCUUGACGACGACCUCCUUCACAAUCACUGGACUUCAAGAGAGUUCUGCCUACAAGAUCCAGGUGUCCUCUGUGGUGGGAGGGAGAGAGGGAAGCCCGGUCCUGCUCACGGCUCGUACCUUGGACAUGCCCAAAGUGACGGGCUUUGAGGCGCUGGAGGUCACAGACAGCAGCACGGUGCUGAACUGGACCAGCGUCGCUGGGGCUUCUGGGUAUGCUUUGUCCUGGAGGCACAUUUCAGAGUUGAAAACCACCACUGAGGUGCUGGGCCCAGCCUUCACCUCCUUCAAGAUCAGCAACUUGCAGUACGGCAGGACCUACAUAUUCACCAUCCAGCCCCUCUAUGGGGAGGUGGAGGGACCCAUAACCUCCAUCAAUCAGAGGAUAUUGGGAAAAAAGGCGGUGGUCCCCAUUCAGGUGCCCGCUGCCACAACCGGCCCGUUCCUCCGUGACGCCAUCACUGCCCCCAGAGACAACAGCAACCACAGCACCACCGCCAACAAGACAACUACAACCCAGAAACCGGUGACCAAACCCAUCCCCACGCUGUCGAAAACCGCCACGACGUCAAACAUCGUAAAAAUAGCCACCACUAACAUUGACACUGAGACGACCCCGCGACCUGGACCAAUCUGUGGGAAGGUCAAGGCAGAUGUGGUUUUCCUGGUGGAUGAAUCCUGGAGCAUCGGCGCCAACAACUUUAACAAACUGAAGGACUUUCUGUUCCGGGUGGUGACGUAUUUCCCUGUCAUCGGCCCACAGGGGACGCAGUUUGCAGUGGUCCACUACAGCGAUGAACCCCGGGUAGAAUUCCGGCUGAACGACUUCCGGGACAGAAACUCUGUCCUGAGGGCGCUGAGAGGAGUGCGCUACGCGGGAGGGAACACCAAAACAGGUCGAGGGAUCGGCUAUGUGUUGAAAGAGCUCUUCCAGGAGUCCCUGGGGAUGAGGCAGGAUGUGUCCCACGUGAUGGUGGUGAUCACAGAUGGGAGAGCACAGGACGACGUAGUCCCGCCCUCCAGAGUGGCACAUGCCCUCGGUGUCAGCGUCUUGGCCAUAGGCGUGGCCAGCGCAGACAUAGAGGAGCUAAGGAAGAUCGCCUCCCCAGCCAGCUACACGAACAUCUUCUUCGCACCCACGUUCGAUGACUUCCCGUCCAUCGAGAGGGAGUUCAUUGACAGCAUUUGCAGCGAGGCUCUGCAGUUGGAGUACAAACAUCAGGAUGAGUCAGCACAGCUGGACACACCUACUGGUGACCCAGCCCCUCUGACCAAACCUGAGGGUCCUUGUCCUUCGCAGUGUAUGAAGGGUCAGAAAGGUGAAAAGGGAGAGGGCUUCGGUCUUGGUGGACUGAGACUGCAGAAGCCAUCGGGAGAGUACAACCCUUUCAAUUUCCAGGCCAAAGGGGAGAAGGGUGAGAGGGGACUUCCUGGAACAGAUGGCAUUCCGGGGUUGCCCGGGCGACCAGGAAGAACAGGGCCUCCGGGAUCAGCUGGAAUAAGGGGCACCCCCGGAGUUCCAGGAGACCCGGGACCCCCUGGGAUUCCUGGACCGAAGGGCCAGAGGGGAGAACGAGGGGAGCCUGGAUAUGUGCUGGGGGGAAUGGAGGUCAAUGCGGGGAGAAAAGGGGAGCCAGGUGCAUCGGGUCCACCAGGGGCCCCUGGGGUGCCAGGGGUGUCUGGCCCUCCAGGGCUUCCAGGUCAGCCUGGACCACCCGGAUCCCCAGGAACCUCUGUCAAGGGCGAACCUGGAGAGACAGGGCAAAGAGGUUUACGGGGGAAGCCUGGAGCCAAGGGUGAGAAGGGGGACCAGGGCAAAGAAGGUCCUGUGGGGUUACCUGGCCCAGUAGGGAUUGAUGGUGUUCCAGGAUUCCCAGGGCAGAAAGGAGAUAAGGGUGAGGCAGGAGUUGGUAUCCCAGGUGCCCAGGGUCCAAGUGGUGUGCCAGGGGAGAAGGGAAAUAUAGGACUGACGGGUCCUAUGGGGCCAAAGGGGGAGACAGGGAUACAAGGAAUCCAAGGGGCCGUCGGGGCGCGGGGGAAAAAGGGAUUGAAAGGAGACAAAGGAGAUAAAGGAGAACAGGGAGAAGCCGGUCCCAUUGGCCCUAAAGGAGUCGCAGGAAUCCCGGGCCUUCAGGGAAACAAGGGAGAGGAAGGGCUGCAAGGACCUCCUGGUGACCCUGCUAAAGGGAUUCUUGGGCCUCCCGGGAAGAAGGGAGCCAGGGGAGACAUUGGGCCAGUGGGUCCAGUUGGACCACAGGGAAUUAAAGGGGUUCAAGGAGACAAGGGAGAGAAGGGCAGUCCAGGGUUCGGUAUUCCCGGUCAGCAGGGACCCAAGGGGGAGAACGGGGAGAGGGGCAAUGUGGGCUUAUCAGGAAAACCUGGGCCCAAGGGACAGGAUGGUCUGAAGGGUGAAAAGGGCAAUGUUGGGUUUCCAGGAAACGCCGGAGCGCCUGGACUAAGAGGUAAAGAUGGUGAACCAGGAACCAAAGGGGACCCAGGAACUAGGGGUGAGCCGGGCCCACCAGGAGAGCCGGGCGAGAGAGGAGUGAGGGGGCCCUUGGGUCUGCCAGGGCGACCGGGUGACCCUGGAGAAAAAGGGGACACUGGGAAAAUUGGUUUACCGGGACCACAGGGACAGAAGGGGGAGAGAGGAGACCCUGGACAACCAGGGCCACCUGGACCCACCCAGUUGACUGUAUCAGACAACAGUAUCAUAACCAGAGUCGUAAAGGGGGAGCGAGGAGAUCCAGGACUGCCAGGCCUCAGAGGGGAGACUGGUCCUGCAGGCCCUCCAGGACCAAGAGGACCUGAGGGAAGACCGGGGCCCCCAGGGAGUAUGCUGGGAUCUGGAGGGCCAGGGAAGAAUGGUCUGGAUGGAUUUCCAGGGCAACCAGGGGCAAAGGGUGACCAGGGACUGAAAGGAGAACCAGGCAGUAAAGGAGAGAAGGGAGACCCAGGGCGAGUGGGAAUAGCAGGGAUGCCUGGUCUGCCUGGAACACCAGGCAGACCUGGCAUCGAUGGAAAGAGAGGAAUUGCCGGAAAAGAUGGAGAAGCUGGCAUUCGUGGAGAUGAAGGCAAGAAGGGAGAACCAGGCAAAAAUGGGAAGGAUGGCAGUAAAGGGGAGCCCGGGUCUCCUGGCCUGCCGGGCACCCCUGUCCUGGUCAAUCUCCCCCCAGGCCUCACCCCAGAGGAGGGCGCCACACUGGAGGAUUUAAGAAAUGCUUUUCCCCUGCCGAUGGGACCCCCUGGUGCGAUGGGUCCCCCGGGUAUGAAGGGAGAGAAAGGCGAAAGAGGACCUAAAGGUGAAAAGGGUGAUACUGGUCCGCCUGGAAAAGCUGUUGAAAUGAAGGACAUCGAAGCACUAUUUGAAUCAUACGGCAUCAGGCUGCCCCUGCUGAAGGCUCUGAUUGACAGGUUGCUGCAGGACGGCAUGGAGGAGCUGGUGCACCUGAUCACCAGCAGCAAGAGAUCAAAGAGCGACAGGAAGGAGCAUGACUCCAACCUCAUCACCGAAUACACAAGUUCUGUGAAGUACGAGAUUUCGAACGAACCCCUCACGGAACUGGACCUAAUCGAGGAGGAUGUCUACGCUAACGGAGAGGAGCAGCCACCUGGAGGCAGCCUCCAGUCACCUGGCUCUGAUAUGCUAGAAGAAGGCAUGGAGACUCUCCCACACAGCCAGGAGGACUCCCUGAGGAAGGGCUCUGGGGAAAGGAAGAAGGGCAAGGAGAGGGGAAAGGGCAAAGGAAACAGAGGAAGACAUAAGAGACAGAAACAGCACUCGGGGAGAAAGGCCAGCGCCAUAGCGGUGAGGACACAUGGUCGAGAGAGGAGGAGCGCCCCCUGGCCAGAGUACGUGGCCUACAUGCCAGGAGCACCAGGUGGAAAGCAUCGCUACCAGCGCAGGAAAAAAUCACAGUCUGGUGCUGGUCAUGGAGGACGGAAGAAGCUGAAUGAGAGAGAGACAGAGCUGGAACACGAGACAGAGACAGAGCUGGAGGAAGAAAGAGAGAGUGACAGAUUGGAGAUGGAGAAAGAGACAGGGCUGGAAGCAGAAAGAGAGAGAGAACGGCUAGAGAUGGAGAGAGAGACAGAGCUGGAAGCAGAGAGAGAGAGAGACAGGCUAGAGAUGGAGAGAGAGAGAUACAGGCUGGAGAUGGAGAGAGAGAGGAUCGAACUGGAGAGAGAGAGGGAGGCAUGGGAGAGAGAGAGACAGAUGGAAAGAGAGAGGGAAGAGGACCUGGAGAUGGAGAGGGAGGGCGCCCCCGGAGAAAAUGGGUUACCUGGAGAAAAGGGAGAAAUUGGAGAAAAGGGACAAAAGGGGGAGCCAGGUAUUGGACACCGAGGCCCUGUUGGACAAGCUGGCCCCCCAGGACAGAAGGGGGAGCCCGGGGAACCAGGACCGCCAGGUGCUCAGGGCAUCCAGGGCAUCCGUGGCAACCCUGGGAUUCCAGGAUCCCAGGGCCAGAGGGGUCAACCCGGCGACCCAGGGGAACCUGGGACAGAAGGUGAUCGGGGGAAGAGAGGGAAGAAUGGGUCGCCUGGAGCUCCGGGUGCACGUGGUGCCCCAGGAAAACAGGGUCCUCCCGGACCACCUGGAGCGAAAGGUGACAAGGGGGACAGUAUCCCGGGGGAACCAGGUGACAGGGGCGUGGCUGGGAUCCCAGGACGUAGGGGUGAAAAGGGACUUACAGGAGCAAAAGGACAGCCUGGGGAUAUAGGUCCCCAAGGACUCCCAGGCACCAAGGGAGAGAAGGGUGACAGGGGCCUGGUAGGAUUCAAAGGGGAAAGGGGGAGUUUGCUCAGUGUCCCGGGGCCUCCUGGGUACAAAGGCAACAAGGGUGAAUCGGGUGACAGAGGCCCCCCAGGCUUUGAUGGAGAUAAAGGAGAGAAGGGGGAAGAUGGGCCUCCUGGAGUGAAGGGGCUCAAAGGAGAGCCGGGGGCCAAAGGCGCCAUGGGGCCAUUCGGGGCCCGGGGCCCAGUGGGCCAGAAGGGGGAACCUGGGGAGAGUGGUGACAAUGGAGAAGUGGGUCGCAAUGGUGAUGAUGGAUUGGACGGAGUCAAGGGCUCUAAGGGAGAGAGGGGCAUGCAGGGGCAGAAAGGAGACCAGGGUGACCCAGGGGAGCCGGGUUUACCAGGUGACACAGGGGAGAAGGGAGAAAAGGGUUUCCGUGGUCUUCCAGGACGCAUGGGAAGCACAGGGAUGGAUGGGGAAAAGGGUGAACCAGGGUUACCUGGGACCCCCGGCAUCCCAGGCCUCAAUGGGCUCCCAGGCCUGAAGGGGGAAAAGGGGGAUGCAGGAGUGAAUGGUGCAGAUGGAGCCCCAGGUCAGAAAGGAGAGAAGGGUUCUGUGGGGUUUGCUGGGUUCCCUGGAUUUAAAGGCUCCGCCGGGACACCUGGUAAAGAUGGAGCGAUGGGGCCUAUUGGUCUGGAUGGUCCCAAAGGGGACAUGGGACCCAAGGGAGAGAGAGGGAGAAGAGGACGAGGCAAACCCUGCCACAGAGGGCCCCCAGGGACCCCCGGACAGAGAGGAGAGAACGGAGAGCUUGGACCAGAGGGACAUAAAGGGGAGAAAGGAGAGCCAGGAUUGUCUGUGGAGGAGGUGAGAGAGCUGGUGACCAAGGAGGUGGUGGAGAAGUGUGGUAAGGAGUUCCUGCUGGUGGUGAACUCUGUGGACCCUGAUACAAAUACCAUCGUGAGAGGCCAGAAUAAGGGGGGGUCUGUUCGCUCGCGUGACCUUGACGGAGAGGAGAAGGAGGAGACAGAGACAGACAUGGCAACCAUGCCGCCCUUCAUCCCUGAGCAGGGGUCAGUACCAGCAUACAACAACCUCACAGCCACCGGGAGGGGAGUGGACUGGAAUCAGAGGCACAGGCGGCACGCACCAGCCCCUUCGCCAGACUUCACCUCUGACCCCUGCCUGAAACCUAUGUCUGAGGGGACAUGUACGGAAUACGUCUUGCUCUGGUACUACCACUCCCAGACCAGAGAGUGCAGGCCCUUCCUAUAUGGGGGCUGUGGGGGGAACCAAAACCGAUUUACCACCAAACAGGCCUGCCAGAGGAGGUGUGGGAAGGGCAACAGAGGGGGCACACUGAACGAGAGCUAG